AUGGCGACAAAGAAGAGUGUUAGUUCUCUGAAGGAAGCUGGUCUGAAGGGAAAGAGGGUCUUCGUGAGGGUUGAUCUGAACGUUCCAUUGGAUGACAAUUUCAACAUCACUGAUGACACUAGAAUCAGAGCCGCCGUUCCCACCAUCAAAUACUUGACGGGUUAUGGCGCCAAAGUCAUCCUAUCUUCUCAUCUGGGACGUCCAAAGGGUGUCACGCCAAAGUACAGCUUGAAGCCUCUUGUGCCAAGGCUAUCUGAACUCCUUGGAGUUGAGGUUAAGAUGGCAAAUGAUUGUAUUGGUCAAGAAGUUGAGAAAAUGGUGGCUGAAACACCUGAAGGAGGUGUUUUGCUUCUGGAGAAUGUGAGGUUUCAUAAGGAAGAAGAGAAGAAUGACCCUGACUUUGCAAAGAAGCUAGCAUCCCUUGGGGACUUAUAUGUAAAUGAUGCUUUUGGCACUGCACACAGAGCCCAUGCUUCCACAGAGGGAGUGGCGAAGUACUUGAAGCCUUCUGUUGCUGGAUUUCUUAUGCAAAAGGAGCUUGACUAUCUAGUUGGAGCUGUGUCCAAUCCUAAAAAGCCAUUUGCCGCAAUUGUUGGUGGCUCAAAGGUAUCAAGUAAGAUUGGUGUGAUCGAGUCAUUACUGGAGAAGGUUGACAUCCUCUUGCUGGGUGGAGGGAUGAUAUUUACUUUCUAUAAGGCACAAGGGUACUCUGUUGGAUCAUCGCUUGUGGAGGAGGACAAGCUUGAUCUUGCAACAGUGCUUCUUAAGAAAGCUAAGUCUAAAGGGGUAUCACUGAUGCUUCCAUCUGAUGUGGUUGUUGCUGACAAGUUUGCCGCUGAUGCUAACAGCAAGGUUGUUCCAGCAUCUUCUAUUCCUGAUGGCUGGAUGGGAUUGGAUAUUGGGCCUGUUUCCAUCAAGGCAUUUAGUGAAGCUUUGGACACUACCAAAACUGUCAUUUGGAACGGACCUAUGGGUGUGUUUGAGUUCGAUAAGUUUGCAGAGGGAACAGAGGCAAUAGCAAAGAAAUUGGCAGACCUAAGCGGCAAGGGAGUGACAACAAUUAUUGGGGGAGGCGACUCUGUAGCAGCUGUUGAAAAGGUUGGGCUUGCAGACAAGAUGAGCCAUAUCUCUACUGGAGGCGGUGCCAGCUUGGAGCUUCUUGAGGGGAAGCAACUUCCUGGAGUUCUUUCCCUUGAUGAUGCUUGA